GGCACUGGUGGGUGGCACUGGUGGGCACAGGUGGGUGGCACUGGUGGGCACAGGUGUGUGGCACUGCUGGGUGGCAUUGGUGGGCACUGCUGGGCACAGGUGGUUGCACUGCAGGGCACAGGUGGUUGCACUGCAGGGCACAGGUGGGUGCACUGUUGGGCACAAGUGGGCGGAACUGGUGGAUGGCACUGCUGGGCACCGAUCAUCAGGGCACUUAUUAUCAGUGCCCUGAUGAUCGGUGCCAAUUCCUGCUCUAACAACUGCUGGUUCUCGGCAGUACUUUCCUCACGAUCUGACAGCGUGAAGAAAGUGCAGCCGAGAACUGGCAAUUGC